AUGGCGACUGCGAGGACAUGUCGCAGUCCCCUACUGGCUUUCGUCGUCCUGAUUUCGCAGCUCUGCGGGUGCACGGCGUACGUUGGCGUCGACGGAUUUAGCGUCGAGUUCAUCCACCGGGACUCCGUCAAGUCUCCGUACCACGACCCGGCACUCACCGAGCACGACCGCGUGCUCGCUGCCGUCCGGCGGUCCACGGCACGCGCCGCGGCUCUCGCGCGCUCCUACGUCGGCGGCGAAGGCGCUGUGUCCGAGGUCGUCUCGAGGCCAUUCGAGUACCUAAUGGCCGUCAACGUCGGUACGCCGCCAACCCGGAUACUCGCCAUGGCCGACACCGGCAGCGACCUCGUCUGGUUCCAAUGCGAACCUCGGGCAGCAGCCGCCAGGGCCGCGCCGCCGAGCGCCGUCUUCAACCCGUCCUCCUCAUCGACGUUCGGCCGCGUGGGCUGCAACUCCGGCACGUGCCACGCACUCUAUGGCACUUCCUGCGACGCCAGCUCCAACUGCCAGUACCUCCGGUCCUAUGGCGACAGCUCCAAGACGAGCGGCCUCCUCUCCACCGAGACCUUCACCUUCGAAAGCAUUCCAGGCGGCUGCCCGGGGUGCCGCAGCCAUCCGUACGUGCUGGUGCCGAAUGUCAGCUUCGGCUGCUCCACGUCAACGAACGGCACGUUCGUCAUGGACGCCAUGGUCGGCCUCGGCGCCGGAAACAGCUCCCUCAUCGGCCAGCUUGGCGCCCACACCUCCCUAGGCCGCAGGUUCUCCUACUGCUUGGUCCCCUACACCGUGAAGAACGCCUCGUCGGCGCUCAACUUCGGCGACCGUGCCACCGUGACGGAGCCGGGCGCGGCCACCACGGCGCUGGUCCGGUCGGACUUCGAAGCGUACUACACCGUCUUGCUCGAGUCCGUGAGGAUCGGGAACGCCUCCUUUAAGCACCUUUCCCGCGUCAUCGUCGAUUCCGGCACGCCGCUGACGUUCCUCGACAAGGCGCUUGUGGACCCGAUGGUGCAGGAGCUCACCCGGCGGAUCGGGACCGGUUUCCCGAAGGUGCCGUCGCCACAGGAGCAGCUGCAGCUGUGCUACGACGUCGGCGGGCCGGCUCGUCAGUAUUCGUUCAACAAGAGCGUCCCGGACGUGACGCUGUACCUGGCCGUCUUCGGCGUGGCAGUGACGCUGAAGGCGGAGAACACGUUCGUGGAGGCGCAGGAAGGGAUCAUGUGCUUAGCGGUGGCGCCGGUGACGGAGAAGCAUCCGCUGUCCAUCCUCGGGAACAUCGCGCAGCAGAACAUGCACGUCGGCUACAACCUCGACAAGCGCACCGUCACCUUCGCCCCUGCCGACUGCGCCAGGUCUACUACGGCACCGUCC